AUGCUCUCUCAUAACCUUUACCACAGCAGCAACCCGUGUUUUCUGGCAGCAGCAAGAGGGUUGACAAGGUGCCAGAAGCUUCGUCUCCCCACAAUAAGUUCGUCCAAAACCAAGGGCAAAGGCAAAGUAACCCAUACGGUUCCAAAGCGCCGAAGUAUGCGCAUACUUCAAACAAGAUUUGCUAGUACCUGCAAAGACAAGGGUGAAGGCUAUGGACCUGACGUAAUUGUAACAAUCGAUGAUGAUGAUGAUAGCAGUGACGAAAGUGGUGCUGCAAAGGCUGAGAUUAGCACCCAUGGGCAAGAGAGCACUCACUGCACAAGUGGCAUGGAUGAGGACCCUGACGAAGACCAAUACUAUAGCUGUGAUGAAGACACCUAUCCGGAUUUCGACACUCUCUUGGAGGAGCCAGAUGCUUAA